UAUGUUUAUUACAGUCGUGUCUGCCUAUGCUUUACUAUUACUAUUACUAGCCUACUAUGUACAUACACAUUUAUAGCAAUUGUCUUGUGCGACAGUUCACGACUGGUGGGUCUUAUUGGUCGUAGGGUGCGUUGUUUGCAUUUUCGUGCACAAUCCUGAGGAAAGCAAGCGAAAAUCGGAUAAUUUGAAACAAAAUACGCGGGAAUUUUAAGACGACUUUCGCGUUUUUAGUGUGUAGUUUUUCGGCGAAUCGGAAAAUGGAAAACAUAGUUUGGUGUGUCGUUUUUGUUAUUGGAACAGCAUCCUGCAUAGACUUCCGAAGAAACGAAGCACACAAAUACAUUUUGCCGAACUUGAACGGCGAAGACAUUUGCAACAGCAUCAAUUGCACCUCGAAUGCCAAUUUUGGCACCGUGAACUUUUACCUUUACAACCGAUUCAACCCGGACAUCCCCUUUCUCCUAAACGAAUUCAAUAUAAGAAACAUCAAUCCUUCUUUGGAAACGAAAGUAAUCCUCCAUGGUUGGAACGAGGGCUAUAACGCUACAUGGGUUAUAGACAUGAAAAAUACCUUCUUAUCAGUGGGAGAUUAUAACAUAAUACUGCCUGAUUACUAUUAUUACACCAGCCAAACUAUUAUGAUGGGAUGUUGCUAUUCAAGGUCGAUGAGUGAAGUGAUUGGGUACUUUCUGGUCCAAUUAACCACCGAAGUGGGGUUAGAUCUGAAGAAAUUACACAUUAUUGGAGCCUCACUAGGAGCACAAGUGGGAGGUAUAGUGGGGGACGCAAUAAAGACCUACACCAAUGGGAUUAAAGUCGCCAGGAUAACUGGUUUGGAUACGACUUAUAUGAUCUUCCGGGGAAGGCCCGUACAAGAUCGAUUAACUCCUGACGAUGCCGAUUUCGUGGACAUAAUCCAUAGUAAUUCCGGAGACAUGGGUUAUCCAGACCCUCACGGUCACGUAGACUUCUACCCCAACUGUGGAGUAACGCAACCCCAAUGCGCAAACGAAACAGGCGCUAUUAAGUCCCUCUGCGACCAUUCCAUGUCCCACGUCUUCUUCAACAGGACAAUAUAUUAUCCGACCGCUUACGUCGCCGUCGAAUGUCUGUCGUGCGAUGAUUAUUUCUCGGGACGUUGCAGUGGUAACAGAAGGGUGAUAAUGGGCGAAAGCACCCCUACAACUACCAGAGGUAUUUAUUUCAUCGAAAUCUACGACGAUCUUAGACCACUGAUCAUUAACGCUAUCAACGCCGGUGAAUUUGACGAUAAUCCUCCACCAAGUCUCCAAGGAAACGAAAUCUUGGAAGAAAGAAGGUCAAGAAUGGGCACGGGCACCGGAAACGACGGUUUCGGUUUCGAUUUUCUCACAACGACUUCGACCACGACAACCACAGAAACCCCUGUCUACAGGAACCCUUUCUAUUUGAGCAAUUUAAGAACUCCUGGGGGUCAGUACCGAAAAGGGUUGUACGGAUUAGGUUCCAAUCCCGAUCCAGCAGGUGACAGACUUCGGGCAGUGGCUGCAACAUCGACCACCACAUCGACGACUCAAAGGUCUCGAGGAAAUGCCCGGUUUGACGACUCCUUCUUCGACAGUUUCGGCGACAAUCAAAUUUUCGGAAGCACCAGGAGGGUCAACCGAAUGAGGGGAGUCCCUAGCUUCAUGAGAACAUCAACGUCUAACAGGGGUUCAUCGAUUGACAACCUCAGCGUCCCCUAUUACAACACCCCUGAGAUUAAAAACUUCAACCACAAUGCAGCCUUGCUUGGAGCCGAGUCGAAAGCUGAUCCGUACGGAUCUAGCACUGGUUCUGGUACAAGUUACGUCCAAUCAAACAUCAAUGGUUACAAUGGUGGAUAUGCAACACCAUCUCCUUUGUCUUCCUUUCAAAACCCUACACAAUCUUUGGAUCUACCAUCGGGAAACCCAUCAGUUUUCAACGAAAGAUACCUGGCCAACAGGUUCAACUAUUCCCUUGACGAUCCAAUUGGACCAGGGAACUUACCAUUGGGUGGCACGCAACCAAACCAACCAGUGUACCAGAAUAGCGCUUUCGUAAAUCAACAGCAGUCGACAAAUCAAAACAAUUUAAAUGUACGGGGUGUUCCCAGAACAACGUACCAAAAUUCGCAGACGCAAUUGUACCAAGCGGAAGUCAGCGUGUGGAGAAGACAGAACUUCAGACCCAAUGGGUCUCCGAGAAGACCAAGCAAUGACUAUGAAUAUGAUCCAAAUGGAAAUCAACAAACGUUUCAGUUUUACACUACGUACAAUAACAAAAAAUAACAACGGUAAAUAAAAAGGAAUAAACCAUUGUAAAUAGUGUAAAUUAGAAUGUUUUCUUGAUAUUAGAUAAAUAAUUUCUAUUGCAACUGUUAUUGUAAAUUGUAUAACUCUAUAUCCUUUACAGGUACUAAAAAUAUUUAUUGUCCAUUACAUAUUUUUUCUGCAGUGCGCUUUUUCGUGUCUCUAUUUCCUGACUAUUUUUGUAAAUAUUUAUUAAACAUAGUUAUCCAUCUAAUAAAUAAUGAAUAAAGACUUCGUUUUUGACCACGGUCUUCAAUGUGUAUUAAACAAGACAUUUUUGUACCAAGAAAUAAAUAAUAUUUUGCACGUUUUUGAAA